GCGACUCCGUCCUGGUGGACACGAUAAACAGCCAUCGGAAGAAGCUCAAAGAGGGAUGGGAGAAGCAGUUCGAUAUGCCCUGUCCUCCUCCUCUCCUGUGGCUCAAUGCCUGCGUCAUUUCUCGCUGCUUCCACAUCUGGAACAAGGACGCGGUGAUGGCGUGGAUGACGCCGUUUGUUGACAUGGUCAAUCAUUCGUAUGACAAGAACUGUGUUCUUGCAACGAGUGACAAUGCCAUUGAGAUCAAAACGGACAAGGCUAUCAAGAAAGGCGACGAGAUUCUCUUCUCCUACGCUCACUUCCCAAACUCUCACUUUUACUGGAGGUAUGCCUUCUGCCUGGAGGAGAACGAGUCGGAUGUCCUUGAAAUAGAAGGCGGGAUCAGAGCUCACCAAGUCCUCUUUGACAACUUCCUGACAACUCGCUCUCCCCCCCCUCCUGUCCUUCAGCAGUCGAUCAAGCUGAAGACUUGUCCUUCCAAUGUCUCAGAGGAGGUGCAGGAGCAGGAACGAACCUCAGUACAGCAGACGAUGGAGAAGAUAGAUUCGCUAGUGGGAGCAUGCGAUGAGUUUUUGAAGACUCGAGAAGAUAAACGAGAGGUGUGUGAAUAUGUGAGGUUGAGGAGAGGCUUGCUGGAGUCCUGUAGAGAUCUGCUGGGGGGGUAUGAAAAGUUCUUGUCAGGAGAAGGAACAAAGGAGUGAGUUAAGCGAAGGAGAAGUAGAAAUAAGUUCUCUGAUGGAAAUUUUUCAACGGUUCUGUAAUUACACAAAUGUACACUCCG